UCAGUUAUCAUAAGUUAAUGUAAAAACGUAUAAUAUACUCUAAAAUAAAAAUGAGUAUCAGCACUGAGUCUGUCUCCACGACUGGGAAUGGUCAUAUUCUUACAUCAAGACUUUCGAGAAUUUCGAUGGAUAUUACUGCGACUCCGUUCGCCAGGACAAGAAAAUUAAACAGAAACUUGUCAACUGCCAGCUUAAUUGGAAUUGCGCCAGCAGUAACCAGUCCAACUGAGCCUCUUCCAAGCCCUGGACGAAAAAUAUCGAGAACUGGACAACCACCUUUGUUGAGAAAAGCGUCACAAUUACAAGUCAGCAAGGUCGGACCAGUAAAUUCUGGAAACAAAGUUGCAAAUGGGGGAAGCGCUGCGAUUGUGUCGCCGACAGAAACGGGCACAACCGUUUCGACUCUUCCGUCGAUAACAGAGUCAAAAAGAAUGAAUUUAACUGAUGUAGUGAUUUGGAGAAGAUUUACUCGAGCGCUAAAGCAGAGAGUGCAAGAUAAGAAGUCAGAAAAGAGAACUUUUUGCUGGUUGGAUCGGUCGAUGUCAACUUAUGGUGGCGGCGAUGGAAGCGGACAGGGUGAGCGAACGGCCGAGAUGGAGCCUUCAUACAGGAUGGAACCAAGCAGUAAACCUAAAAAAGAAAAAUGCACAGAGAUGAUCGAAAAAUAUUUGGCAGAAAAACUAAAAAACGUGACAUAUGAGCCUGAGUCGUGUGGAGAAGUAUCGAAGGAGAUUACAGACGAUAUAAAAAGAGAAGCAAAAAGACUCGAACUACUCCCACCCCGUUACAAAUGUGUUGUGUAUGUUGUUCUCGGUGAGAAAAAAGACCAGGAUAUUAGGGUGAGCAGCAUGUCAGCUUGGGAUAAAAACACUGACAGUUUUGUGUCCAGUAGUUUUCAAAAUGGGUCAAUAUUUUGCGUGGUCACAUUCUUUACGGUAUAUAUGGAAUAGGCAACGUCACAGAACCACUGAUAACUACACAGUAGUCAUAUAAGUGCGGUUUAAUUAAGCAAGGGUCUGCACAUGCAAAAUGUGGCUUAGUUGGUUAUCUAUUACGGACAUUCUGUUUAUGACGCGCAAAACGAACUUGUGUCGACUAUAAGUGAAGAUGGUAAUAUCAUAUUCACAUAAAGCGACAAUAUGCAUGUUCCGCUAACCCUCGUCCAUAUAUGUAUAUAUAUAUAUACAGAUAAAUGUGUGUGAUAUCAGAGAUACCAUUCAAUAUUCCAAAACAUGCACCAUCCAUUAUACAUGUUGCGAGAGGUUUAUUAUGGUAUAUUCCAACUCUCUAGGAGAAUAUAGCCAUGUUACUCCUGUUAAUUUUAUGUCUAAUAUAUAUCAUCGUUAGUGAUCAAAAUGAUAACUGUGAAAUAUAUUUAAAAUAUCGUAUGUUCCAACUUGUAGUGUGAUUGAGAAAUCACGCAAUCAGUUUCCUCAUUCCACUUGUAAUAAAAAUGAAACGGACUGCAUCUGCGCAACGAUUUCGAAAACUCAGAACAUUAUGUUGUUGCAUAAAUGAAUAUGACACUUAUAUAUAUAUUUACCUUCAGAUUUUAAAUGUUGUUUUAUUGUAUAUUUGUAUUGAAGUUAUGUCAAUAUUCAAUGCACACUACUUGAUUGGCUAUUUGCGCAUAUUAUACUCCGUAUAUGCAAGGCAGUUCUUUCGAGUUUUUCUCGAAUUGAUUAGAAGUAACAUGUGCUUCGUCUACAUUCUUGUCUAUCAUAUAGGUAAUAACCUUUCUCUUAAAUUAUAAGCAUUAAUGUAAAGUAGUAGCCAAAAUAUAAAAUAGUUCCGGACACAUUUCAUAUAUAUUUUUUCUAAUAUAUUUCAUAUUUGUCCGUUUCAAAGUGCUUAUUUAUGCCCUCUUUGAGAUCAGGAAUAUGGAGCGGUAUUUAGAUAAGGUAAACAUGCUCAGCCUCAUUUUAUUUAACAAGUUAGUAGAAAGAUCACCACACAAGACCAACAACGGUAAAUCGCUAAUCUAUCCUAAGACUACUUAAGAGUGAAUAGCGAAAUGAAAGCUGCAUUAAAUAACACCCCCCAGUCAUACAUUACCUUUACACAAAUACUGAAGUUUUUCGGGUUUCGAUCAGGGUUUCCGAAAUUUGUCCCGCCAGGAGCAGAGUUCAUCAAUAGGUAGGCUACUAUUCUCCACGAUUACUUCAUGUAUAACUCAAAAGUAAAUUGAAUGCAAUUUGCUCGAUUC